AUGGUUCAGACGAACCCGGACCCUCCAAGCGGACCAAACACCCAACAGCGCGUAAGAGCACUGGUAGGGAGAAACCCGCCCCCGCUUCUGCAAGGGGUGGCAAAAUACGAGGUACGUGAAAUUGCGAUGGAUAUGAUGACGGACACGAACUACGAGAGGGGGGAAGCUGGGUUAAGGUGGCAGAGCUCAGCAAUCAUGGCUUUACAAGAAGCUACUGAGGCGUUCCUGGUUCAUUUGUUUGAGGAUGCUAAUUUGUGCGCGAUACACGCCAAACGCGUAACAAUCAUGCAGCGCGACAUUCAACUUGCUCGAAGAAUAAGGGGGCCAUGGGGUGGUUUGGGGUAG